GUGUAAACAGUGGGCGAUAUACGCAUCAUUUUAACUGAAACACGAUAGCAAAGGAACCUGUAUUUAAUAUUGGAAAGAUUGUGGCUAUUCAUACAUUGAUUGAUUCAAAGGUAAUAUUUACAUAUCAAGAUGAAUCUUGAUACUGUUGGUCGAAUCCGUCCAUCAAUUCGCGGUGAAGGACCCCAUAGUUUGAAUAUAACAGGACAUCAUAGAAUUGUGGGAAGAGAAAGUGGUCAUGGACACAGUUUUCAGAUGUUAUACAAGCAGGAGUCAUCAAAUUUUGAUGUUUAUCGUAAAACUGUUGAACCCAUGUUGAAUAUCUACUUAGCUGGUUAUAACUGUGCUGUCUUGUCCAUUGGAGAGAGCUAUUCUGGAAAAUCAUACACUCUGACAGGAGAAAACACAAAUAAAGCUGGAAUAAUUCCUAUAUUCCUGGAUGCCUUGUUUAAUAAGUUGGAUGAUGGUCGAAGGUCUGAUGAAGCAUACAUGUAUGAUGAGAAAGUCAAGAUUCAGAAAGGACAAGUUACUCUGCAAAUGAUUGAAAUCUAUAAUGAGACAGUCAGGGAUUUGUUACAGUUACCGUCUGCUCGGAAUCCAAUACCACUGAAAAACACUCCACAAGAAGGAGUCACAGCUAAGAAUUCUCUGAAGACGCCAAUUAGAAGCGCAGCAGAUGCCACAGCUUUAUUUCGUCAGGGCUGGGGAAGACGAACCAUAACUCAGACAGACCAUGGAUCAGCACAUUGUUAUGCAUCUAUAUUAAUAACAGUAGAGUUAACAGCUCGGCAUGGUGAGAACCCACAUCCAAACAUGUCAAAGUUCACGUUUAUUGAUACACCAGCAGCUGAGAAGUUAGCAGAAGAUUCAAGUCAGAUUAGAUUAAGAGAAGGACCCACAUUAAGUAGAUCUCUACUUGGUUUGGGACAGUUAACGGCUAAUCUUGCUAACUCACCCAACCCAGAGCGAGUCAUUAACUAUACAGAUUCUAAGUUAACAAGUUUACUUCAUGAUGUCCUGGGUGGUAAUUGCAAAACAGCAGCAAUUAUACAUUUUAGACCUCAGCCAGAUCCUCACACCUUAUCAACAAUGUUACGUUUAUCAAGUCAACUGUCAAUGGUCAGGAAUUUCCCGAUACUCAAUGACAGUUUGGCACAGGGAUUGCUGACCCAGUACAGAGCUAGAAUUGUGAGUUUGGAGGACAUGCUGGGUCUUGGAGUAACAUCUGGUGUAGGUAAAGCUAGUGUUGGAGAUUUAAAAGAUGACCACAGGAAAAUAGCAAUGGAAAAUAUCCAGCUUAAGGACAAAAACGAAAGGUUGUUAAGCAAGCUGGAGUCUCUUCAAGGCAAGUUUAAAGAUAUUACUGACGCUAAGACAAAUCUUUCUGGCAAACUCAUAAUGAGUGAAGAAGAAAAACUACGGGUGUCAAAGACACUGGUUGAUCUACAACUUGAAAAUAACAAGAUAAAAGAAUCUGCUGAGCAGUCUAGAUUUGAGCAUACCAAUAGGAUAUUGGCAUUGGAAAAUGAACUGAUGGAACUUGGAAUUGAGAAAGAUAAAAUAUCAAAGAAAUACAGAGAUGCAAAGGAAAGAUUAGAUGAAAUGGAACGCGACAGGAAGGAACUAGCUGAUGAAUAUGUUUCAUUAAAAUCAAACUAUGUGGCCCUCAGUAAAGAACAUGAAAGAGAACUAGCAAAGAAUGAAGAAUUAGGAAUAGAACUGUUGAAUCUUGUUAAUGCAAGAGCUACUUUGCUAAAACAACAAGAAAACAUGAGAGAAAACUCUGCAAAGCAUUUAUUUGGUGAAAGACAUGUUUUUAUAGAACAUUGUGACUGGGGUGGAUGUCUGAGAGGAAUAAGUUUUAUGAAUUGA